AUGGUUAAAGGGCACACAGGAGGCACGGAGUACAAGUGGCAUAAGGCCAAAAGAUUCUUUUCUUCUUUCAUUUCCAGAGUAUUUAAGAAGACCAGUGGGAAUGGAACUAUUGCCUUGUACUUGGGGAAAAGGGACUUUGUGGACAGUGUGGAUUCAGUAGAAAUAGUUGAAGGGGUAGUUAAAGUGGAUCCUUCUGGUCUUGACGACAGAAAAGUGUAUGUCUAUCUUGCUUGUGCCUUCCGCUAUGGAAGUGAUGACUUGGAUGUCAUCGGACUGUCCUUCAGAAGGGACAUCUGGCUACGUCGCGUUCAGGUGUAUCCACCUACGGGUGGCAGCGAAGCGAAAUCCCCAAUGACGGAAUCCCUCUUGAAGAAAGUUGGAGAGCAGGGGCACACCUUUUCCUUCCAGAUGCCACCAGAUCUUCCAUGCUCGGUUUCCUUACAGCCUGGGCCAAAUGAUUCCGGCAAGGCUUGCGGUGUGGACUUUGAGAUCAAAGCAUACAUUGCCAACGCACCUGACAAUCCAGAUGAAGUCAUUACAAAAAAGGAUACUUGUCGUCUGAUGAUUCGUAAAAUACAGUUCGCCCCAGCUAACAACAAGGCCGGAGCCAAGGCUGAGCUAUCCAAGCAGUUUAUGAUGAGUGACAAACCAGUGCACUUGGAGGCUUCCCUUGAAAAAGAGGUUUAUUACCAUGGAGAUCCAAUAACCGUUAAAGUGAAAAUCAACAAUGAAACCAACAAGACUGUGAAGAAAAUCAAAAUC